GAUAAAAGAGUUGUGUUUGUGAUCCUCUUCAUUUUUCUUUACCAAUUCUUAACUAUCCAAUUUUAUUUAACAAAAUGCCUUUCCAAAAGUACACUACCAUCGUCAUAUGGGAUUCAGCAAGCACCAACGUUUUGAUCGAGUUGUUUUCCGAUUACGUUGUAAACGUGGGUGUUAUUCGCUCACCUCAAGCAAAGCUGAAUUUGAACAAGGCAACGGAAGAUGCUUUUAAUGCCAGUGACGCUAUCAACGGUAGAAGGGACUUUGCAGCGAUGAAUAACAAGUGGAUUCGCCUCUGUGAUACGUUCAGAGCCAGACGAGACGAUGCUAAUUCUACUGGUAGUGCACCUCUUCAACACUGGGAGUUUCACGAUCUGAUGGAACAGGCAACAUCGAGAAUGCAAUAA